AUGAUAAAGAACUUGAUGGGAGGCCGACUAGUAAGAGGCGGAGUAACAGGAGGAGGAGUUGGGGGUUCAGUGGGAGGCUCAGUUGGCGGUUCAGUGGGAGGUUCGGUGGGAGGCUCAGUGGGGGGUUCGGUGGGAGGCUCAGUGGGCGGCUCAGUUGGCGGCUCAGUUGGUGGCGGAGUAGGGUCAGAUGGAGGCUCGGUUGGAGGCUGGGUAGGGGGAGGUGUUGUGGUUGUUGAUGACAUUGAUGUGGUGGAUGAAGUAGUAGUCGUGACACCACCUGUUGUAGUCAAUGUUGAGGAUGUUGUCAUAUUGCCAGUGAAUGUCGAGGAGGAGGUCGAUAGAGAGACUGGAACACAUCUUGGUUCACCAUUGACGACUUGA